AUGAGGACCGCUCUCUUUGCCACCGCCCUCGCCGGCCUGGCGUCCACCACGCUCGCCGCACCGGCCAAGCCCGAGCCUUUCCUGACGCAGGUUGACAAUCAGACGUGGAUUAUUGGCAACGAUGUCUGGAACAUGACCCAGGGCCUCAAGUACGGCGUGAAGCUGAACUACAAGAACCGCGACCUCGUGGGAAACGCGGUUGGCCACUACGUGAGCUACAACGGCGCUGCAAACGACAUUGCCUGGACCUCUGCUAGCAUUGUCAAGAGGUGCAGUUACAAAGGCACUCCUUAUAUCGACGUCAAGUUCACCUCCAUCGACGGCGACUUCCAUUGGGUCAUCUUCCAGGGUCUUGCUGGUGCCUACCAGUACUUCGUCAACCACAACCUCCCUACUCUUGGCGAGUUCCGCACUCUUUGGCGUCUUGACAACACCACUUUCCCCAAGGGCAAGACCGAUCUCCACGACAAGGAGCUGCCUCCUUUGAGCGACUACCUUCCCCAGAACAAGGUCCAAGACGAGACCUGGCUCACGCCUGACGGAAAGGGUUACAUCACCAAGUACGACUUUUCCGAUCAUAUCCGCACACAAAAGUACUACGGAGUGUAUGGCGACGAGGUCGGCAGCUGGUACAUCAACGCCGGCAAGGAUUACUAUAAUGGAAAUCACCUGAAGCAAGAGCUCAUGGUCCAUCGUGAGAGUGCUACUGGUGAUGCCGUUCAGCUCAACAUGAUCCACGGCACACACUUCCAAGUCUCUGCCGUCGACGUCUUCCCCGACGGUAAGAUGUGGGGUCCCUGGCUCUGGUACCUGAACGAUGGCUCCAAGGAGGACGCCGAAGCCCGUGCAGACUCCGAGUUCGCCGCUUGGCCCUACCGCUGGCUGUCCGACCCCGAUUACCAGUCCCGUGGUACAGUCAAGGGCAAGCUCGUCCUCUCCGACGGCCGUCCCGCCGCCGGCGCCGCUGUCUUCCUCGGCGACAACCACCCCAGCAAGACCGCCCUCGACAUGGGCUCCGACUACUACUACACCACCUAUGCCGAUGCUUCCGGCGCCUUCGAGAUCCCCAAUGUCCGCACCGCAGAGGCCGGCUAUGCUCUCCAGGCAUGGUCUGCAGGCGGCAAGUUGGCGGACGUAACGACGCAAAUCCUUCACAACGACGUCAGCAUCACUGCCGACAAGACGACGGACCUCGGGACGCUCAACUGGGCUGUCUCCACGCGCAAGCGUCUUUUCCAGGUCGGCGACUUCGACCGUACCUCCCGCGGCUUCGCCCACGGCGGAAACCCAGACUUUGGACACGCCAUCAUCGCAUCGUGCCCUGCUGACAUCACCUUCGUCGUCGGUAAGUCCCAGACGAGCGAUUGGUGCUAUGGCCAGACGUACAAGGGUAACUACACCAUCCGCUUCACCAUCGACGAGGUCCCCAGCCCCGCCCCCGAGACGGCGAACUUGAUUGUUUCGCUGGGCGGAUACUCCACCGGCGCAAGCAGCGUUGUGUUGGCCAACGGCCAGCAGGUUGGAAACCUCACCAGCGGUGCCGUCGGUGUUGACUCCACUUCCGGACUACUCAACGACCCUUCCGUGUACCGUAGCGCAACAUCCCACGGCGAGUGGCGCUUUUUCGAGUUCCCCGUGCCUGGUGCGUUGUUGAAGAAGGGCGACAACGAGGUCACGUUCCAGCUGACCCGAAACACGACCUGGAGGGGUUUCAUCUGGGACAGCAUCGUCCUCGAGUGGUAA